AUGCCCAACAGCAGCAGCAGCAAUAGCAGAAGCAGCAGCAGCAGCACAGAAGCGCAGCAAGCGGUGGGUAGUGGAGCUGCUUUUUUUUACGUUCUAAUGCUGCUGCUGCUGUUGCUGCUGUUUCUGCUGCUGCAGCAACCUGAGUUGCGGGAGAGGCUGCUGCAGCAGCACGGCGACGAGUGGGCGUCUCUUGCUGCUGCAGCAAAGCAGCAGCUCAGCAGCAGCAGCGGGGAGGAGCAGCAGCAGGCGCUGCGAGGAGUUGCUGAAGUGAUGGCAGCAAAACUGGAAAUGAUCGUGGCCAAGUGCAGGCGCUGCGGCCACAAGGUCAGUGCCAGCUAG